GCGGAGAAACUUUCCCAGAGUUCCUUCGAGCUCCCCGGGUCCCCGCGGAGCGGCGGCUGUCCAGGGGCGGGGACGGGGGUGGAGCGCAGGAACGGUGGACCCAGCGGCUGGAGGCUAGGGCGGCCCUGGGGACGCGCGUGGGGCAGGUCACGCUUGGCCCGGCUGCCUCAGGAGCCACCCUGCCCGGCGCGGGGCGAGGCUGUGCGCGCCCUGCCGGACCCUCCGCUUCGGGUCUUUGCGGUGUAACGGCGCGUCCCACUCCCUCACGUGUUCAGUCCUGAAUCGGCCGCCGCAGCUCCAGGACAUCGGACGCGAGCGCUCUCGGAUCCCCAGGCCCCUCCGCGCUCACCCCGGACCGCCCCGUCCCUGGGAAAAACCACCCCGUGCCCGGGACCGCGGCUUCUCCCAUGCGGGGCAGGCCGGGGUUGUGAGGGGGCAGCCGGCCGGCGGACUAGGCCGGGGGCGUGAGGAGGCGGGUCUGCCGAGGACAAGGCCGGGGGCGUGAGAGGCGGUUCUGCCGGGUCCGGGGCACGCGGGGCGGGGCGCGCGGGGCAGGUUGCGCGAAGAGGCGGAAAGUCCCACUCGCCCUCGGCUUCUCCCUGCCCGGCCGCCGGUGUCCCGCCCGCCGUCGUCCCGCACAACCUAGCCCGACCCGCGGCGAUGGCCCAGCCCGGGGACCCGCGGCGCCUCUGCAGGCUGGUGCAGGAGGGCCGGCUGCGCGCCCUGCAGGAGGAGCUGCAGGGGGCCGGGGGCUGCCCGGGGCUGGCCGGGGAUACCCUCCUGCACUGCGCCGCGCGCCACGGGCAUCGGGACGUGCUAGCCUAUCUGGCUGAGGCCUGGGGCAUGGACAUCGAGGCCACCAAUCGAGACUACAAGCGGCCUCUGCACGAGGCGGCCUCCAUGGGCCACCGAGACUGUGUGCGCUACCUGCUGGGCCGGGGGGCAGCGGUCGACUGCCUGAAGAAGGCCGACUGGACUCCUCUGAUGAUGGCCUGCACAAGGAAGAACCUAGGGGUGAUCCAGGAGCUGGUGGAACAUGGCGCCAAUCCACUCCUGAAGAACAAAGAUGGCUGGAACAGUUUCCACAUUGCCAGUCGAGAAGGUGACCCUCUGAUCCUCCAGUACCUGCUCACUGUUUGCCCAGAUGCCUGGAAGACAGAGAGCAAAAUUAGAAGGACUCCUCUGCACACUGCAGCAAUGCACGGCCAUUUAGAGGCAGUCAAGGUGCUUCUUAAGAGGUGCCAAUAUGAACCAGACUACAGAGACAACUGUGGCGUCACCCCCUUGAUGGAUGCAAUCCAGUGUGGUCACAUCGAUGUCGCUAGGCUGCUCCUUGAUGAACAUGGGGCUUGCCUUUCAGCAGAAGACAGCCUGGGGGCCCAGGCUCUGCACAGGGCAGCUGUCACAGGGCAGAACAAAGCCAUCCGAUUCUUGGUCUCUGAACUUGGUAUCGAUGUAGAUGUGAGAGCCACGUCAACCCACCUCACAGCACUUCAUUAUGCAGCUAAGGAAGGACAUACAAGUACAAUUCAGACUCUCUUAUCCUUGGGAGCUGACAUCAAUUCUAAAGAUGAAAAAAAUCGAUCAGCCCUGCAUCUGGCCUGUGCAGGUCAGCAUUUGGCCUGUGCCAAGUUUCUCCUACAGUCGGGACUGAAGGAUUCUGAAGACGUCACGGGCACCCUGGCUCAGCAGCUCCCAAGGAGAGCAGAUGUCCUUCAGGGCUCUGGCCGCAGCGCAAUGACAUAAGGAUGUUUCCAAGAGGAGGCAGUAAAGCGCAUGAGUUGCCAGGAGCCUGAGCACCUUUCGCUUUUCGGGUCAGAGAAGGCAAAGUGCAACUUGCUUCAGUCAUCCUGAACCUGAGUUCAACUGACUGCAACCGCCUACGUUUGACCCCAGUGAGAUCCAAGUUGUAUAUCUGAGGUAUGCCAGUGGCCACAUCUGCACUGGCCCCCAAGGGGUGCCACAAGUCGGUGCCACAUCUGCACUGGCCCCCAAGGUUAGCUCACUGGGUCUGUCUCCAAAAAUGGUUGCUGAUGACAUCACCAACCAUUGACUGGAAGAGUCUGAGGAUGACAGUGAAACUGACCAGCCACGACAGACAGGCCCAGAUUGAGGUGGUGCCUUCUGCCUCUGCCCUGAUCGUCACAACCUUUGGGAACCACCAACAGACAGAAAGAAACACAAAAACAUGAAACACAGUGGAAGCACCACUUUUGAUGAGAUUGUCAACAUUGCCCAAAAGAUGCAGCACCAGUCUUUAGCCAGAGAACUCUCUGGAACCAUUAAAGAAUUCCUGGGGGCUGGGCACGGUGGCUCAUGCCUGUAAUCCCAGCACUUUGGGAGGCUGAGGCAAGAGGAUCACGAGGUCAGGAGAUCGAGACCGUCCUGGCUAACAUGGUGAAACCCCGUCUCUACUAAAAAUACAAAAAAAUUAGCCGGGCGUGGUGGCGGGUGUGGGUAGUCCCAGCUACUCGGGAGGCUGAGACAGGAGAAUGGCGUGAACCCCAGAGGCGGAGCUUGCAGUGAGCUGAGAUCGCUCCCCUGCACUCCAGCCUGGGCGACAGAGUGAGACUCCCUCUCAAAAAAGAAAAAAAAAAAAAGAAUUCCUGGGGACUGCCCAGUCCGUGAGCUGCAAUGUUGAUGGUAUCACAGAUGAUACCAACAGUGAAGCAGUGGAAUGCCCAGCUAGUUAAAGAGUGAAAAGGAAAAUAUUUUCACAAAGGGUUAUCUGAUAACCAAAAAAAAAAAGACAUUGCAUCUAAGCCACUUAGCACCGUGUCUGGCAUGUAAUAAAUAAUAAAUGUCAUUGAUUCUCAAAGAACCCAGGAGUAGAAAAAGCAUUUAAUAAAAAUUAGCUCUUGGCAUAAUCUCUUCAUCCUCACCCAGCAGCGCCUCAGACGUCUUCCAGGUUCACAAAAAUUAAUUUCUCCACCCCUCUUCCUGCUUUGCACUUUGUAGCAAUUAUCACAUGGUUUGUCUAAUGUUAGAACUAUUUAUGUAAGUGGUAGUCAAGGCCACUGAGUCAUGCAUCCCUGGAGGUCAGCUACUAUUUAUUUUUUUGAGACA